AUGGCUCCUCAUGCUGGUUUUGAUACAGAUCAUAUCAAAGACAAAGCGAGGAAGGAUUUAUUGUACUUAUUAGAGGUUGUUCGCGGAAAGAAGAAUUUGGUACUUGAGAAGAGUUUGGCUGGUCCGCUUGGCAUAAUCGUCAAGUUUUCUACUCUUCAAGAUUAUGGUGUCGACAAGGUCUUUUUCUUAGAGAAUGACAACGCAGAUGUUAGCCAGCAGAAUGUUAUAUUCAUUGCUCGGGGGGAAAGUGCGAAGCAUGCUCAAUCAAUUGCUGACCAUAUCAAGCGCAUGCAGCGAGAGAGCCAGACGGGACAUGAAUUUUCCAUAUUUUGGGUUCCACGGAGAACAUUGGUAUCAGAAAAGAUUCUUGAAGAAGCCGGAGUAUUGGGUGAUACCAGUAUUGCCGAAUUUCCUCUCUACUUUCUUCCGCUCGAAAAGGACCUCUUGUCAUUAGAAUUGGACGAAUCAUUCGAAGACUUGUAUUUACGAAAAGAUCCAACACCAACAUUUCUCCUCGCACGUGCUUUAAUGCUCAUACAACAAAAACAUGGCCUAUUCCCCCGAAUGACUGGGCAGGGUGAUAAUGCGAAAAGACUUGCAGAUCUCCUCUUACGAAUGCGACAAGAAUUGAUCGCGGGCGAAGAUACCAAUGAAAGAAACAAGCUUGGGCUUUCUCCGAGUAACACGAUCGAAAGCCUCAUCAUUAUCGAUCGCGAAAUUGAUUACGCGACCCCCUUACUUACGCAAUUGACAUAUGAAGGGAUAAUUGACGAAGCGGUAGGCAUUCAACAUAAUCAAGCCGAUGUGGACUCAUCUAUUGUGGGGUCGGCUCUGCAAGCUGCUCAAGGGUCGUCGAAGACAGUCGGAGCCGCACCUGUACAGGCCAAAACAAGAAAAAUAACACUAGACUCGUCUGAUAAACUUUACGCUCAGUUGAGGGAUACCAAUUUCGCCAAUGUUGGACCUCUACUGAAUAAGGUCGCACGACGUCUCAAAAAUGACUACGAAAGUAGACAUGGAACAAAGAGUACCGCAGAGUUGAGAGAAUUCGUAAACAAGCUUCCAGGCUACCAGGCUGAACAACAAAGUUUGAAGAUACAUACUGGCUUAGCGGAAGAAAUAAUGAAACAUACUCAUACAGAACACUUCGGCCGAUUGCUGGAAGUUCAACAGAAUCUGGUUGCGGGUGCCGAUCCUUCUUCGCAGCACGACGCCAUCGAAGAGCUCAUUGCUCGAGAUGCACCCCUUCCAGACGUUCUGCGACUUUUGUGCCUAGAAUCAUGCAUCUCUGGCGGCAUCAAACCUCGCGAAUUGGAUACGUUCAAAAAAAUGAUUUUACAUGCGUAUGGGUACCAGCACAUGCUUACCUUGGAUGCUCUGGAGAAAUUACAACUACUUCUUUCAAAGACAUCUCCGAUGGCAUCAAUGAUUCCUAUGAGUGGGGCAGGAACUCAGACUGGCACUAAUACCAAUUAUGCUUAUCUGCGAAAGCAACUUCGUCUGAUUGUUGAUGAAGUCAACGAGCAUGAUCCAAACGACAUCGCUUAUGUCUACAGUGGCUACGCGCCACUCUCGAUACGCCUCAUACAAUGCAUAUUACAAAAGCAAUAUCUGACUUCGAUGACCAGAGGAGGAAAUGCGAACAACACUGCGAGUGUGACUACUGGUGGCGCCUCUCAAGGCUGGCGAGGAUUUGAUGAACCAUUGAAGCAUGUGCGAGGCCAGACCUUCGAUGAGGUACAAACAGGAGAGGAUAAGGCUGUUAAAGCAAGAGCUCUUCUCACAGGAACUGGUGAGAAAAAGACUGUUUUUGUUGUAUUCCUAGGCGGGAUAACAUUUGCGGAAAUUGCAGCUUUGAGAUUUAUCGCGAAGCAAGAAGAAGUUUCGCCUGCAGAUGCCGACGACAGACGAAGAAUUACAUAUCUGAGACUCAGUGCGGCGUGCGACAUCUAUCGCAAUAUGUUGAAUGACAGAGGUGAGACCAAUCCACGUCAUUCCAUGGAAGAAGAAGUCACAGGGCUUAGACCUCUCGAUAUGGCAACUACAAUGGAUGCCCAGGUAAGUCAACAAGAUGACUUAGGUCACGAUACAUUGAUGGGAUUUCAAGAAUUAGACUCUCAUCUCUCCAUAUUUGAGUCUACGGAGAACGGAAGAGAUUCAUCCACCCCGGGUACUAUAUCUACUCCUGGCUUCGAUGCAACAAUGGACACCAUUGAAUCACAACCCGCUUUUGAAGAUUUUGAGCAUACUAUUAUCGUUGAUUCCUCCACUGGGCACUUCCAAUCUGAUAUCAAAUCCCGUGCAAGGGUCGUCCAAGAUCCCAACCCCAAUACGAACGGUAAUAAAAAAGCUGCACGCCAGUCCAAAUACGCGUCGGAUGGCAACAUACACCUAAAGCCCGAAAGCGCCCGAGAUUCUUUAGCCUCUUCAAUGACUACAGAUCAUGACGAGGGUUCCUCAUCACUGUCCUCGUUAUCAAGUCACUCUAAUUCUCCAGCAUACGUCAACAAACUCCCCGGGGAGGCUACAACGGCAUCAUACUUAAACGGAAAUAGACAGAUAUAUAAUGUUCGUCCGAAAGAAUCGAUACCUCCGGACGUUCAUCCAGCAGAAUAUGCCAGACAGUGCAUCGCAGCAGCAGAAUCGUCACGGCUCAGUCCAUACACUCUACAUCCAGAGGAGUAUCAUAUGUUACGUAGGCAUAUAAGUCAUUCGCAGGUCACGACGUACCUCAAUAUCAGAAACGGAAUCCUCCGGUUAUGGAUCCGCAACCCCUCGAUACAUGUGAUGAGAGAUGAAGCUAUCGGAUGCGCAAGAGAUGUCCGUUGGUUUGAAGCUGCUCGAAUUUGCCAUGAGUGGCUGGCUCGGCGCGGUUAUAUCAACUAUGGUUGUCUAGAGAACCCAGAGUCCAAAAUAGAUAAAAGUGAGAUGCGAAGUACUGGACGAAACAGACGAACCAUCGCCGUCAUUGGAGCUGGUAUGUCUGGCUUAGGCUGUGCUAGACAAUUAGAUAGCCUCUUUGCUCAGUUCGAAGAUCGUUUUCAUGAAAUGGGCGAGGAACUACCUUAUGUAUUCAUAAUUGAAGGCAGAGACAGAGUUGGCGGAAGAGUAUAUUCUCGCCAGUACGUAACGCGACCAGAAUAUCCGACCCUGUUUCCUGGCAGUCGACAUACUGCAGAAAUGGGCGGUAUGAUUAUUACUGGUUUCGACCGUGGCAAUCCUUUGAACAUUAUUGUAAGAGGACAACUUGCCCUGCCUUAUCAUCCCCUGAAGCCAGAUACUACACUCUAUGAUGACGGUCGCCCAGUUGACCUCGAGCGCGAUCAACAUGCCGAGAAGCUUUUCAAUUACAUCCUCGAUCGUGUUGGCGAGUACAAAUUCAAGAUUCCAUCGCCGCGUCUCGUCGAUGGUGACAGAGACCAUCUAGAUGCAGGACGCGACGGUAAUGGAGAUGGGUCGAGAACCAUUAGCGAGGUUGAGAAUAGGGCCAGUUUUGCGACGCAGUCUGCUGCAAGUGAGAAAUCAUCUGCUACCGAGCAAAUGGUACCCGUGGCAUCUGACAGGCUCACUGGCAGAGCCCAUCUGGAGCACGGAAUCCCAGCUGUGCAUACUGCCGCUUACAAAGCCCGCGAGAUUGGGUGGAAGCUUCGAGAUGGUGUAGGCAUCGAAUUUGACCUAGAUCUCGAACGAUCCACGAGCAAAGAGAACGCUACACUUGGGUCGGUGUUUGAUGAUGCUAUUCGACAAUAUAUGAGAAUGAUUGAUUUUACACCGCUUGACCUCAGGCUCAUUAAUUGGCACGUCGCAAAUCUCGAGUACAGUAAUGCGAUUACCUGUAACAAGUUAAGCUUGGGAGGGUGGGACCUCGAUGCUGGUAAUGAAUGGGAGGGUAAGCACACAAUGGUCACGGGAGGCUACCAACAAGUUCCUCGCGGUCUUUUAAAUUUCCCACGGCCACUGAGUGUGAAGAAGAAGAGUGCUGUGAAACGUAUCGUUUACAAUCCUCAUAAUACUAUUGCCUCAUCUAGGAUUGACUGCGAGAAUGGCGAGUCAAUUGAUGCAAAUUAUAUCGUUUCCACUAUUCCGCUGGGUGUUUUAAAGCAAAACAAAAUCCAAUUCGAACCAGAGCUUCCUUCAUGGAAGACCGGAGCAAUCCAGCGAAUUGGUUAUGGAAUCCUCAACAAAGUCAUCUUGGUCUACAAAGAGCCUUUCUGGGACCAAGGUCGAGAUAUCUUUGGAACUCUUCGUAAUCCAUCCAACAAAUUCAGCCUGGAUCAAGGGGAAUAUUUUACGCACAGAGGUAGAUUUUUCCAGUGGUUCAACUGCACAAAUACCUCUGGCGUGCCAACUUUACUAGCUCUCAUGGCUGGCGACGCAGCAUUUUACACGGAGAAGACCUCAAAUGAAGAAUUGAUAACUGAGGCUACAACUGUCUUACGGGGCGUUUUCGGUGAUCACAUCCCCAUGCCAGCAGAGUCGAUUGUGACUCGUUGGGGCCAAGACAAAUUCUCUCGUGGCAGUUACUCUUAUACUGGACCUAAUUUCCAGAGUGAUGACUAUGGGGUCAUGGCAAAGCCUGUUGGCAAUCUCUUCUUUGGUGGAGAGCAUACUUGUGGUACUCAUCCGGCCACCGUUCAUGGAGCUUACAUUUCGGGUCUUAGGGUAGCCUCGGAGGUUUUGGAAUCUAUCAUUGGACCAAUAGAAAUUCCGGAACGUCUCAUCCCACCCAAGGAAUCGGCAUCAAAAAGAAAGUCCGAGGCCAUUGAAGCCCCUAAGGAUUUGAAACAGGCGCGCCUCGAGGCAUAUGAAAUCGAGAUAUGGAAUGCGAUAUAUGCCAAGCUUGGAGAUCGACCUUGGAAGCCUGCAAAGAACCACUCCAAUGCCUAUCAAAUGUACAGUAAGGACACAUGGGAGGAAGCUAAAAGAAAAUGUGAGGAAGGUCGAAGGCCAGGGAAAGGUAAACCAAUUACUAACGAAGUCAAGAAAAUGAUCACCAAAAUGUGGAGUGAAGCUCCAGAGGAUGUAAAGAAACCAUACACCGACAGGGCUCUUGAACGGAAGCAAAGUUAUCAAGAAGCUGUUACGGGUUAUAAUGUGACAUCGGCGAAAUGGGACAAAGACGCUUGGGACUUCCGAGUACAAUAUGAAAAGGAUCACCCAAGUCUACCGGGUCCAGACGAAGAUAUCGGCAGUCCUUGGCGGCGUGAUAGAAGAGCUAAAAGGAACGCGAAUGGUUACGCUGAAGAUUCUGGUUCGGAAUUGGAUCUGUAA